GUAGUGCUUCGUAAAACCCCAACAAAGAAGAAUUCUCACUGAAAUAUAAUUGGCAACACCUCAGAGAGUGGUUAGCUAGUUAGUAGUCCUGCGUGGUUAAUAUUUGUUCCUGUCACACAGCGACAAGAAUGCCAACACUGUCACUGUGUUCAGCAUACAACUGCAAAAAUCGCAGCCCCAAAGCUGGUGUGGGAUUUUUUAGAUUUCCCCAAAAUGAUCCUGAAAGACGCAAACAAUGGAUUAUUAAUAUGAAGUGUAAAGGGUGGAAUCCGCAACAAAACCACCGUGUGUGCUCUGUUCACUUUGAAGACAAGUAUAUUUGCGGGAGGGACAUACGUCAACGCCUCACGCCAGACGCAGUCCCGACUAUAUUCGACUAUCCCAAAAACUUUCAAAAGAAGAGUAUUACCUGGGCAGUGAAAGAUGUUUCCCCGAAGGUGGCAUGUGAGAACAUGGAGUUCCAACUUCCACCCCUCAAGCACAUAAUAGAGAUCAAAGACGCAUGGGAGUGGCUGGUUAUAGACAUCAGAGGGCCGCUACCCUUGACAUUGAACGGACACCAGUACGUUCUGACCUUGACAGACUUCUACUCCAAAUGGGUGGAGGCCUUCCCCCUGAGAGGUUGUAGCUCUACUGAGGUAGCACAGCAUGUAGCUGAAGUCAUCUCUCACUUUGGCUUCCCUUUUGGAAUCCUUGUUCGACUGAAGAAGAACUUUACCAGUAAGAUCAACGUUGCUUUGAAGAGUCUUCUGAAGCUGAGUGGGUUCUCUCUCUUAUACCGUCAUCGGCAAGUUGGAUCACUGGAUCUGACCACACAGACACUGAUCAGCAGGAUGGUGUCUGAUCUUGUGAAUGACCAUCCAUACAACUGGGAUGUCUGCCUCCCUGCAAAGGUGUUCAGCCUGUGUUUCAAGGAGCACCCCAAGACCAAGCAGAGACCUUUCUCUCUGCUGUGCUGCAAAGGACCACAGCCGGUCACCACCCCUAGGGAUCUGUCUUUCAGUCCUGCAGAGCUCAGAGAGAGUUCCUUUGCAAUCCAGUCAAAUCAAGAGGGUUGGCAUGACACUGAUCUGCAAGGCAUGGUUGGCAUUGAAUCUGGGAAGGAAACUGCUGGAAAGAGCACAGUUACAAGGGUCUCUUUUUUUAGGAGCAGCACAGAGAGUAACACAGACGGUAACCCUAACAGUGAACCAUCCUCUGAAGAUCAUCAUGCCAUGGAAACCUGAAUCAUUUAUUGGAUCAGUGCUCUAUCAGUCAUGCUGCCAUAUUUUUGGGGAAUAGGUUAUUUUGGUUUUCUAAGGUGUCUUCAUUUUGUUGAAAAACACUUUGGUUCAAUGUUUGGCUGGUGCACUGUUUCAAGAUUGUUAGCAGAGACAUCAGUGUGGGUUAGCAGAGACAUCAGUGUGGGUCAGGAAUGUAUGUACCACCUGCAUCAAUUCAAUCAGCCAAAACAUCAUGCAUAGGUGAUUGAUUAGUGAUAAGGUUAUCCCUAAAAGCAAUUGCUUUAUUUUGAAAUCAAAUUGUAUUUGUCAAGUGCUGAAUUCAACAGGUGUAGGGUGUACUGUGAAAUGCUUGCUUAAGAAAGGAAACUGUAACAAUAAAGUAACAACAACCAGGAUCUAUACAAGGAGUAACAGUACGGAGUUCAAUGUGUAGGGUACGUGGUAGUUGAGGUAAUAUGUGGGGGUAAAAAUGACUAGGCAAUAAGGAUAGAUCAUUAACAGAGUGGCAGCUGUGUUUGUGUGUGUUGGAGUGUCAGUGUAGUAUGUGUCAAUGUGUAGGUAGAGUCCAGUGAGUGCAUAGAGCCAGUGCAAAAAAGGGGGGGGUCAAUGUAAAUCGUCGGGGUAGCAAUUUGAUUAGCUGUUCAGCAGUCUUAUGGUUUGGGGGUAGAAGCUGUUAUGUUGCUUUUUGGUCCCAGGCUUGUCGCUCCGGUCACGCGGUAGCAGAGGGAAGUCUAUGACUUGGGUGGCUGAAGUCUUGGACCAUUUUUAAGGCCUUCCUCUUACACGUCUGGUGUAGAGGUUCUGUGUAGCAGGGAGCUUGGCCCCAGUGAUGUACUGGGCUGUACACACUACCCUCUGUAGCGCCUUGUGGUCGGAUGCCAAGUAGUUGCCAUACCAAGAGCUGAUGCAGCCAGUCAAGAUGCUCUCAUUGGUGCAGCUGUAGAACUUUUUAAAGAUCUGAGCGCCCAUGCCAAGCCUCUUGCAGGGGGAGAGGCGUUAUCAUGCUCUCUUCACAACUGUGAUGUCUUUGGAUUGUGAUAGGUCCUUAGUGAGUUGUACAACGAAGAACUAGUAUCUCUCAAUCUGCUCCUCUAGAUGUGAAUGGGGGUGUGCUCAGCCCACUGUUUCCUGUAGUCCACUAUCAUCUAAUUUUGUCUUGCUGAUGUUGAGGGAGAGGUUGUCCUGGCACCACACUGCCAGGUCUCUGACCUUCCUGUAGGCUGUCUCAUCAUCGGUGUUCAGACCUUACUUGAUCUUGAUUACAAAGGACAUGAAGACAAAUGCAUUUCUAGCUAUUUUAAUCAUAUGUACCAUACUAAGCACUCUUGAGGCCAUACUAUAAUUCCAGUUGGGAGCAUGGGCGCUGCCAUGCUGGUGGGAGCACGGUCACUGAUGUCUGACAUGGGUAAAUCCAUUUUAAUUUAAUCACUUUUUAACAGCAACCCUUUUGAUUUGAACAAAACCUCACAUACGCAUACUGAACCAAAUAUAAACGCAACAUACAACAAUUUUAAAGAUUUUACUGAGUUACAGUUAAUAUAAGGAAAUCAAUCAAUUUUAAAAUAAAUUAUUUAGGCCCUAAUCUAUGGAUUUCACUCCACUUGACUGGGCAGGGGUGCAGCCAUGGGUCAGAAUGAAUUUUUACCCACAAAAGGCCUUUAUUACAAACAUACUGUUUACACGUGGUCUACAGUUGUAAGGCCAGUUGGACGUAGUGCCAAAAUAUCUAUCGAAAACAAUGUUAGGAGCAGCUUAUGGUAGAGCAAUGUACUUUCAAUUAUCUGGAAACCGCUCUGGUGGACAUUCCUGCAGUCAAGCGUGCCAAUUGCACGCUCCCUCAACUUGAGACAUCUGUGGCAUUGUGUUGUAUGACAAAAUUGCAAACAAUUCUAGGAUAUUUUAUUUCAGCUCGUGAAAAAUGGGACCAAAACUUUACAUGUUGCAUUUCUUUAUUUUUGUUCAGUGUGUUUUAUAAUUUCGUGAAUGAAAAAAAUGAAAUGGGGUAUCUAGUGCAAGCAACUCGUGCUUGUCUUUUACUUACAGUUUAUCCACCAGCUGAAAAUACUUUCUUUUUUAGUUUAUUGAAAAGCUAUUUAAUGGUACAAUGAUUCUGAACACUAUGGCUUGAAAAAAAUAAAACUUUGAAACACUCAUUCAACUACUACUGCAGCUAAACAAGGGACAUUUUCUGAAUUACAAUGCAAAAAUAUUACGUAUAGCUUCUUUAACCUUUUUAACGUGUACACUUCGGGUCAACUUUGAUCUGCUUGGCAUUCAGGUCCACAAAUGAACUUUCUUACUACUUAUUCCAUGAUCAAACAUGUAGGAAAGUUUUUGUUUAAAUCAAAAGGGAUGCUUUAAAGUGAUCGAAUUCAAAUAUUUUUACCCACUUAUUUCUCUCAUGGCUCUCAUCAAAGGCUGGAAUACGAACCACAUGGAAUUGAGUUAUUUGUUAAAUGCAAAGACUUGUAUGCUUUAUAAUGUAUUUAUUAUAGGUGUCUCUUGUUAUUGUGGAGCAUGCAGGUGGAGUUUUAACCAAAUGUACAAUUUAAGAAAUAUUCUCAAAACAAGGGAAGUUUUAAAAACCCAGCAAAAAGCUACAAUAAACAAACCCAAGCCAUGGCCAACACAAUAGUUAAAACAUGCAUGGAAUUGUUGAGAGUACUAUAUUGUUGAGUAGUUUAUAAAGGCAGUGCCUGUCUGCUUGUUAUUGAA